CCGAAAGACAUUCUUAGAUGAAUCGUAAUGAAUACCCUUUGUGUCAUACAGUGGACGCGUAGGUUGUUCAUUCAAGUCCCAAGAUGAGCUCAUGAAUAAUCAUCUUUCAUCUGCUUCCCCACGAGACGGCUUUAUCAAUCCCACGCUCUCGCUCCAGAUUCGCAAAGUGAUUUCUUGUCGCUGCCUUUUUUGCUUGAAUUGAAUGGGUCCAACAACAUUGGAUUUCUACCCGUCCUUCAACCCCUUCUCUCUGAGAUAUCGAUAUCUCACUUUUACCAUUUGCUGAUUCCCUUUCCUUUACAUUUUCCCUUAUCAUGACCGACCACUACUCCUCCAUUGCCUUCUCUUGUUCCUCGCCCUUCAACUUCUCGUCUCUCACUUUACCCUCUCCUCCCAGAGAAGCCCUACCUCUCCUUAACCUGAGCCCCCCAAGACAUGAUGAUGAUGAUCAUAUGCAAGUAGACACCCAGGAGAAAGGAGGCAUGGGGUUUAGUUCUCUGAAAGAUGAUCCUUCGAAGCUGGCUUUACAAUUACGCCUAGGGCUUCCGACCACUAGUAGUUCCUCGCCUGAGUUGGCUGAUUCGAACCUAUACUCCGCCGAUGCAGUUUCAGACAAAGAUGAAGUCACCACUGAAUCUUCCAGAUAUCUCUCUGAUAGGAUCGCUAGAGGCAGUCAGUAUUGGAUCCCUUCCCCGGCUCAGAUUCUGAUUGGUCCGACCCAGUUCUCCUGCCCUCUUUGUUUCAAGACCUUCAACAGAUACAACAACAUGCAGAUGCAUAUGUGGGGGCAUGGAUAUGAAUAUAGAAGGGGACCAGAGUCUCUGAGGGGAACACAGCCAACAGCAAUGCUGAGGCUUCCGUGCUAUUGUUGUGCACCCGGGUGCAAGAACAACAUCGAGCAUCCCAGAGCCAAACCUCUAAAAGACUUCAGAACCCUUCAAACCCAUUACAAGAGGAAGCAUGGAAUCAAGCCUUUCAUGUGCAGAAAAUGUUGCAAAGCAUUUGCAGUGAGAGGCGAUUGGAGAACUCACGAGAAGAACUGUGGCAGGCUCUGGUAUUGCUCUUGCGGCUCUGACUUCAAGCAUAAAAGAUCUCUUAAAGAUCAUGUCAAGGCUUUCGGACAUGCCCACACUCCUUGUGGCGUUGAUCGUCUCCAUCAAGAUGAAGUAGCUUCUGAAAUUGACUGCCCAAACGAUUCCUUCCACUCUCAUUGAUCAUAGUUAACUGUAUUAUGGGUUAGCACUUCUUUGUAUAAUUAGAAGCUUUAGCUGAUGUUUAUCAUAUAUUUUGAACUCAUUUCUUGCUUUGGUCUUUUUUUAGCCAACUUUUGGACUUAUAUAUGACUGAUAGAUUAAUAUUAAUGGAGCAAAUUUUUUCUCUCA